CUUAAACCUAUAUCAUUCCAUUUCUAUAAAUUGUAUCAUAAAUAUAUUAAAAAUUUCCCAAAAACAUAAAUAAUCACAAAAAUCUUUGUUUUCAUUUUUUCAUCAAUCCUAAAAUUUAGGAGUUACUUAAUAUAUUUCUUAUCAAAUAUUGAUAAACAAAAUCCAUGUCUAAUAGAUCAAAACCUAUGAAAGUGGUACAUAUAAAGACACAGUAUGUUGAAACUGAUGCAUACAGUUUCAAGUCUGUGGUUCAAGAUCUAACUGGUAAGAACUCCACCAUCGCUUACGCGCCUUCGUCUUCGUGGGUGAUGAAAGUAAGCAAAGACCAGAAGAGCAAUACUACUAGUCGGCCGCCUCAGUCGAGGCUAGCACGCACAAACCUUAAUAAUCCUCAGAUGACAACGUCUGAAGGUCAACUCGUGCACGACAGUCGUGAAGGAAACAACAAUUUUCAAGAUUAUAUGAGUAGAGGGAAUAGUGGUGGUGGGAGUUAUUCGUUCUUGUCUCGGAAUUUGUCUUACAAGGAGAUGGAUAGAUUGUUGAAGGAGUUGCCUCCUUUAGAGGAGUUGCAUAAGAUUUUAUCUUUUGAAUGACAAAACCUACAUGUACGUUCUUUUCUUUCUCCUUGGGAGGGUGAUUUAAUUUGAACAUACGAUUUAUCGUAUACAAGCAGUCUGAAUCAGUAGGCCAAUACCUUAUUGAUAUUUCGAGCUGCAUAUGAAAGUAUGCAUGUGUUCACAAGGUAAUUAACGUGAUAAUAAUCUAAAUGGGACACAAAAUAUGAUCUAUUGUUUUGUUACACUUAGAUUGUCAUCACACAUUGGAGAAGAAAAAAAUUGCAAAUCAUUUUUAUUGAGGUCUGAAAAAUGCUACAUGUUGAUACAUUAUAGGUUAGGAUUAUAAUGAUGAUGAUCUUAGACUAUGUAAUAUUUUCUACACCAUGUGGGGAUAUCUAGUGUAUAGGUGAAUUUUGUUUUUGUUUUUAAAUUAUUUUGAUUUAUUGAGAAUAUACCAUCUAUUCAACUCUUUAA